AUGAAAACAAUGAAGGCGGUGAAGAGCGCGGUGGUGUGUCUGGUCCUCCUGCCGCGCUUCUUCAUGACCGCGCUGCUCUUCUGGCUCCUGGACUUUCUGUGCAUCAGGAGGAGAGUGUUUUUCCACAAGGAGCAGGAUGAUUGUUUAGACCCCCCUCUGUGCAUCUCUGACUCCAACCGCCUGUUCAGCCUGGAGUCACUCAGAGCGGUGUGGCACGGACACAAGCUGGACUUUCUCAAAGAGGCGCACCUGGCCUUUGAGAGCGUGGUGCAGCAGAACGCGGACAUCGCGGACUCAGUGCUCGUCUACAUCGAAGAGGCGCAUCCGUCUGACGGAUGGAGGAGCACGGACGCUCCUUACCAGAUCCCGCGGCACAGGUGUCUGGAGGACCGGCUGCAUGCAGCGCGCCUCAUGCGCACUGAGGUGCCCGGAUGUGUGGUGGUGGUGGACAGCAUGGAGAACGCGUCCAAUGCCGCGUACGGAGCGUUCUUCGACAGACUGUACGUGUUGCUCAAGGGGAGGAUCGUGUACCAGGGAGGCAGAGGACCAGAGGGAUACCGCAUCUCUGAGCUCAAAGCAUGGCUGGACCAGUACAGGCAGAGCUCCCAGACCAGCACCACUCUAGAAGUCUAG